CCCAUAGUGCCCCGCGCCGGCCCCAUCUCCGGGGCGGGCCGGAAGCGGCCGGGCCGGGCGGCGAUGGCGGCGCGGGCCGCGCUGCUGCUGCUGCUGCUUCUCAUGGCGGCGGCGGCGCCGGGCCCGGCCCAGGGCUCGCAGGGGGACCGGGAACCGCUGUACCGGGAGUGCCUGAGCCGCUGCGAGCGGCAGAACUGCUCGGGGGCGGCGCUGCGGCACUUCCGCGCCCGGCAGCCGCUCUACAUGGGCCUGACAGGCUGGACGUGCCGGGACGAGUGCAAGUACGAGUGCAUGUGGCUGACGGUGCGGCUGUACCAGCAGGGCGGCCACCGCGUGCCCCAGUUCCACGGCAAGUGGCCCUUCUCGCGGUUCCUGUUCUUCCAGGAGCCGGCCUCCGCCUUCGCCUCCUUCCUCAACGGCCUGGCCAGCCUGGUGAUGCUGCUGCGCUACCGGGCGGCCGUGCCCCCCGCCGCCCCCACCUACCCCACCUGCGUCGCCUUCGCCUGGGUCUCCUUAAACGCCUGGUUCUGGUCCACCGUGUUCCACACGAGGGACACGGCGCUGACGGAGAAACUGGAUUAUUUCUGUGCUUCGGCCGUCGUCCUGCACUCCGUGUACCUGUGCUGUGUCAGGACGCUGGGGCUGCAGCGCCCAGCCUUAAUCAGCAUCUUCAGGGCCUUCCUCCUGCUCUUCCUCGCCGGCCACAUCUCCUACCUGAGCCUCGUGCGCUUUGACUACGGCUACAACCUGGUGGCCAACGCCGCUGCUGGCAUGCUGACGGUGGCGUGGUGGCUGCGGUGGUGCCUGCGGCAGGGCCGGCGCCUCCCGCACGUGUGGAAAUGCGCGGCCGCCGUGCUGCUGCUGCAGGCGCUGGCGCUGCUCGAGCUCCUCGACUUCCCCCCCCUGCUCUGGGUGCUGGACGCCCACGCGCUCUGGCACAUCGGGACCAUCCCCCUCAACGUGCUCUUCUACAGUUUCCUGAUGGACGACAGCCUCUACCUCCUGAAGGCCAACUCCGACCUCUUCAAAGUGGACUAGAGCUGCUGGGGGGGGUGGGCGAUGCCCCCCGUGCCCCCCCAGGGCCCUGCUCUGCCCUGUGCCAAGCGACCUCCCGGCCCCCCCUGGCCACAGCCUCCUGCCCCCCCCGGUUGCCUUCUGAGGUUUGUUUUUCUCCCCCAACCCCCGUGCCCCCCAUCUUCCCAGGGGGAUGGGAACCCCCCCCACUGCUGGGCACAGAGGGGUCCAGGACAGCCGAGCCCCCCCCCCAGACCCUCCCCGUGCUGAGCUGGGGACCCCCAUGAGGUGACAGAGGCUGCUGGGGGACAGGUGGGUGAUUGGGGGGGGGGUCUGUGUGCAUGGGGGGGCGCUGCUGGGUGGCUCUGCCAGAUGUGGGGGGUGUUGUGUGGGUGCCUUGGGGGCUGGGUGUGCCCCCUCCCAGCCCAGAGGGGCUGUGCCCCCCCCCCCCCCCAUUCCCCUUCCCCGGGCGUGCUGUGGGAUGUGAAUAAAGCUGAGUUUAAUCUGU